AUGGCUGCUUAUUUAGGGGAUAAAUCGCUAGCAGAUGUACACCACGAGGGACUGGAUGAGAUCCUCUCUGAAUUGAAGCAGUUCUACCAUGACCUUGCAAGUUAUGACACGAAUCCGUUAGGUCUGCCUGUUUUAGACGCAUUGCUUGAAGUCUUUGCGCCUAAACCAUCUGGUGUACCAAAUGCACCAAAUGAUCAACACCAACAUCGAAGGGACUUUGACCAAGACCAGCAUGGAGAAUUCCUCACCGAAGAUGAGGAAAUGCUCUUGCACAGCCAAGCCCAGACAGAGUGUGUUGAAAUGCCGGGUGAAAUACACCUGCCAGACGAAAGAGACCCAUAUAUGUUCCCAGACACCGAGAGCAUCAAGAAACGGCCACUCCCAGUUGUGGAGGUCUCGAGCAGCUUGUCAGCCUCAGGAAAGUCACAGCUCCUGUACUAUGUGACUGCACUCGCAAUUUUACCUCGGAAUUACGGUGAUUUACCUCUGGGUGGCCGUGAAUCAGCUGUGGUCUUCAUAGACAACGACAACCGAUUCGACGCUGAGAGACUGCGAGUCGUGGCUCGAGGUAUAAUUAUGCAGCAACAGCUUAAAUCUGAUCCAGAUGCAAGGGACCAGCCACCAGGAGCAACACUGGGCCAUGAGUUGGAAUCGCUGCUUGUCUCUUCGCUGCAGCAUGUCCAUGUCUUUCGUCCACAGUCUUCCUCUGCUCUUCUGGCUACGCUACACAGUCUAGAAACUUACUUGUUCGAUCUCUCGAGGCACCGAUCCGCCUCACGUCCCCUGCAAAUGAUCACCAUCGACAGCGCCACUGCUUUCAUUUGGCAAGAUCGGCUUCGCGACGAAAUUGCUCGUAUUGAGGAGAUUGGGCGUCCUCGGGCAGAGGUUGAUCGCGAGCGCGAGCGAAACCAGACCUUUUACCUGUCUGAUCUCUACCUUGAGCUGGUGGUGGUUCUGAAGCGACUUCAGGCUCUGUUUCAAUGCGCAAUUGUGUUUACCACGAUCUCAGGUACCCGCGCGGCUCCAUCUAGUGAUGGUCACUCCGGUCCUGGUCUAUACGACUGGCACCAGUCGCGGACUCCAGUAUUACGGCCUGCUCUCCCACCACCGUGGGGUACAUUUCCAACCUUGCGUCUAAUUGUCCACCGGUCCUCUGUUCGUCCAUUUCCACCUAGCAUGGCCCUCAAAGCUGCCAUCAAGGAUGCCCAUUUACGACAGAGUGCAAUUCAGCAAGGCAGGAUAUCGGGUUGUGUCAAUGCAUGGGGGCGAGAAGACUGGCCCCAGCGGGUGGUGGAAGCCAUUGAGGCAAACAAUGGGGGAAGCUUUUCAUUUUACGUGCGUGAGUCGGAUAUUGAUAUACCCAAGCCCGAUGAGUGA